AUGUAUGUUCAACUUCCGUUUGACGAAUUAAAAGUAGAUCCAAAUCAGAAAAAAAGAAUAGCGUAUUUUUAUGAUGCAGAUAUAGGAAAUUAUGCUUAUGGAGCAGGACAUCCAAUGAAACCUCAUCGAAUAAGAAUGGCACAUUCAUUAAUUAUGAAUUAUGGAUUAUAUAAAAAAAUGGAAAUAUAUCGAGCUAAACCUGCAACUAAACAAGAAAUGUGUCAAUUUCAUACAGAUGAAUAUAUUGAUUUUAUAAGUCGAGUAUCACCAGAUAAUUUAGAUAUGUUUAAUAAAGAAAGUGUUAAAUUUAAUGUAGGUGAUGAUUGUCCUGUAUUUGAUGGAUUAUUUGAAUAUUGUGGAAUAAGUGGUGGUGGAUCAAUGGAAGGUGCAGCAAGAUUAAAUAGAGGUAAAUGUGAUAUUGCAAUAAAUUAUGCAGGUGGUUUACAUCAUGCUAAAAAAUCAGAAGCUUCUGGAUUUUGUUAUUUAAAUGAUAUAGUUUUAGGAAUAAUAGAAUUAUUAAGAUAUCAUCCAAGAGUAUUAUAUAUUGAUAUUGAUGUACAUCAUGGAGAUGGUGUUGAAGAAGCAUUUUAUACUACAGAUCGAGUAAUGACUUGUUCAUUUCAUAAAUAUGGUGAAUUUUUUCCUGGAACUGGAGAAUUAAGAGAUAUUGGUUUAGGCAAAGGGAAAUAUCAUGCAGUUAAUGUUCCAUUAAGAGAUGGUAUUGAUGAUUCUACAUAUAAAUCAAUUUUUGAACCAUUAAUUAGUAAAAUAGUCGAAUGGUAUCAGCCAUCAGCUAUUGUAUUACAAUGUGGAGGAGAUUCAUUAAGUGGUGAUAGAUUAGGAUGUUUUAAUUUAUCAAUGGAAGGUCAUGCAAAUUGUAUAAAUUUUGUUAAAUCUUUUAAUAUUCCAUUAAUGGUUUUAGGAGGUGGUGGAUAUACAAUGAGAAAUGUUGCAAGAACUUGGGCUUAUGAAUCAGGAUUAUUAAAUAAUGUUAAAUUACCAACAGAAUUACCAUAUAAUGAAUAUUAUGAAUAUUAUGCUCCAAAUUAUACAUUAGAUGUUAGACCAUCAAAUAUGUAUAAUCAAAAUUCUCCUGAAUUUUUAGAUAAAAUUUUAACAAAUAUAAUAUCAAAUUUAGAAAAUACAAAACAUGCACCAUCAGUUCAAAUGAAUGUUGUACCAAAUGAUCCUGAAGAUUUAGGAGAUAUAGAAGAAGAUUUACCAGAAGCAAUAGAUACAAAAGGAGGUUCUGAAUUACAAAGAGAUUCUCAAAUUCAACCUGAAAAUGAAUUUUUUGAAGAAGAUGAUAAAGAUAAAGGUGAAAAAAAUAUAACAGAAGUUGAAAUGGAAGAUGCAACAAUUGAAGAAGAUCCAAAAUUAACAGAAGAAGAAUUGAAAGAAAUAAAGGAAUUGAAUGAAGGUGUAUAA